UUGUGUGUGUAUAUUGAGCUGGGGAAUUGUUGGAGUGCUCCACGUUAUUUCUGCUGAAUGUUUACAAACUGACGAACAUUUCUCUUUGAAAACUAACCACAACUCUGGUGUGUCCUCAUUGAGUUUCCGACAUCAUCCUUGAAUAUUAUUUUUGGUGAUUUUCAGUAGCCUGCCAUUACAAACAGGAAAUUCAUAAUCUCAGCUCUGCUGCAGUUACUAUUUCGGUUCGAGAACAUGAUCACAGAAAUUCUCCCCCCCCCUACUCUCUCCUGAGUGGUUGAGGGGGUGCAGUGGUCACAAAAUUUCAAAAAGGAAAUUUCAGAUCAUUCACUGAGAGGAGGAUUGGGAGGAGAACAGUGUGAUGACAUUUUUUUACGUAAAUAGUUAAAAAUAUUCAAAGCCAACAGCUUCAUAAUCAAUAAGGCGAAACAUUUCACUAGCUCCUGGGUGUUCAGAAGACACUGGGAGCAAAUCAAUGGCAUCGCUGCCCCUAGGUAUUCGCUUCCUAGCUUCAUUUACACGGGAUCAGUGCUACAGAACGUUUAUGCUGAUCCUGACCUUCUUGCUGUACACAGCUUAUCAUCUGUCUCGGAAACCAAUCAGCAUUGUCAAGAGUGCACUGCACAUGAACUGUUCGCUGACCAAUGAAAUUGAAUUAUACAGCUACAAGGAGCAUUUGAUUCAGGCUAAACUCCUCAGCAAAGCCUUCUCUAAUGACACCUGGUGCAGCUGGGAGCCAUUUGAUAAAAGUAAUUACAAGCAGCUGCUGGGAGCCCUGGACUACUCGUUCCUGUGUGCCUAUGCUAUUGGGAUGUACUUCAGUGGUAUAAUAGGAGAGCGUUUAUCCAUUCGAUUGUACCUCACCUUUGGGAUGCUGAGCAGUGGUUUAUUCACCGCAUUAUUUGGCCUGGGAUACUUCUACCAUAUCCACAGUCUACAGUACUACAUAUUUAUUCAGGUUAUUAAUGGUUUAGUGCAGACAACUGGCUGGCCUAGCGUUGUGACCUGUGUUGGGAAUUGGUUUGGAAAGGGAAGGAGAGGCCUGAUAAUGGGCAUCUGGAAUUCUCACACCUCAGUGGGGAACAUCCUGGGCUCUUUGAUAGCUGGCUACUGGGUCUCCAGCUGUUGGGGAAUGUCCUUCGUGGUUCCGGGCCUCAUUGUUGCACUAAUGGGAGUAGUUUGUUUCCUGUUCCUUAUUGAACACCCACAAGAUGUAAAAUGCACUCCACGUCGAGCCCAGAAACCAUCCAAGGGUUUGAAUGGAUGGGAUGGAUUUAAAGAGAAAUGCCAGCUCUACAAAAGCAGUAGAAGUGUCUCGUUUACAGACCCAGAACAGGAAUAUUUUUUGAAGGAUAGUGAUGGGAUUUCAGCCAAAUCCAGCCAUUUACUGACCAGUCACGUUGUUGUGGUCAGCAGUGAGAGGGGAAAUGCACCAGCAGCAAUCAGCUUCUUUGCAGCCGUGCGAAUCCCUGGCGUGGUGGAGUUCUCCUUGUGUCUGCUCUUUGCCAAACUGGUCAGUUACACAUUCCUUUUCUGGCUGCCAAUGUACCUUGCCAACAAAGAGCACUUUGAUGCCAAAAAGGCUGGAGAUCUUUCCACACUUUUUGACGUUGGUGGGAUCAUAGGUGGAAUCCUUGCAGGUGUGAUAUCUGAUCACACAAAAAAGAGAGCAACUACUUGUGGAGUAAUGCUGCUGCUAGCAGCACCAACACUCUACGUUUUUUCUGCCAUUGGCUACAUGGGUCUGAAGGCCACCGUUGUUAUGCUGAUUGGCUGUGGGGCGUUAGUAAAUGGACCAUAUGCAUUAAUCACAACGGCAGUAUCUGCUGAUUUGGGCACACACAAGAGUUUAAUGGGGAAUUCCAAAGCCCUGUCCACUGUGACUGCAAUCAUCGAUGGCACAGGCUCUAUAGGUGCUGCCUUAGGGCCUCUGUUAGCAGGUCUCAUCUCUCCCACAGGUUGGGACAAUGUCUUUUACAUGCUGAUGGUAGCAGAUGCCUUUGCUUUUUUGUUGCUGAUACGUCUUGUACUGAGAGAGCUUCAUAGUAAGGGGCCAAAGACAGAUCAGACUGAGUUGAAGGAGCAUUGACAUCCAUUCUCAAUGUCACAUCUAAAGUUUGAACAGUUGGUGUUGUGUCUGAUGUUACUGAAGAAGCAUGUUUGCACAAGACUGGAGACAGUGCUGUGAAUUCCUCUGCCUAGACUACAGUCUGCAGCAUCUGUGGACCAUCUCCCAAUCUCAGGACUGUUUACUCUUUAAACCUCAAAAGUUUUGAACCCGCUGCUUGGACAGUGCCUUGUAUCUUGUAUUUAUGAAGACAAUCAAUUUAUGAAGAUUAUUUAGAAAGUGAUUUGUUUAUUUCUGACAUGAGAGGUAUUAAUAUGGCUCCGGUUUAAUUUAAAUAUAUUUAUUUUUGGUGGGAGGGUUGACUUGGAUUUCUGUGGGAUCUGGUAGACAACUUGAUUUUCGAUUUCUGCUUGUUAGUGGCUUACAGAACGACAGCAAAAACCUGGUAACGGACACAAGGGACCAACCUAGGACAGUGAGUGAAGGAGCUUGUGCUGUAAGGUGAGCAUUUUGUGUCCAAGAACAGAAUGGUCUCUAAGAUCAAAGCUGAGACUUCUCAUAGUUUGGCUGGCACCAAGUAACCAAACUUUCCUUAAGGAGUUUUAGAAUGUGCACGGUGAAACUGAUGACUAUGGCCUUGUAACUCAUUCAUGUGCUUUUUCUGUUAUUUCCUAAUUAUAAUAUUAAUAUUU